UUUGCAGCCUAUAUAUAAAUAUUAUAAUAAGGAUUUUAUCUUAAUAAUUUCAUUUGCUCCAAACACAUUUGCUCCAGUAUAAAAAAAUAAAAAUGAAUGAUGAAGAAAGAGGCGGCAAUCGUUUUAAAAGUUGGAAGCACAAGGGCAGAGAUCAGGAGUCGAUGCGGCGUCAGCGUAAUGAAAUGUCAGUCGAGCUACGAAAGCAAAAAAGGGAUGACAGAUUAUUAAAACGCAGAAAUGUACCAAUUAUUGAUGAAUUUGAUGAAUCUGAUUCUGAUCCAAGACCGUCAACUUCAAAAUUGGAGGAAAUUGUUGCCAAUGCUACUAGUGAUGAUAUUGGUACUCAGUUAACUGCGGUCCAGCAAGCCAGGAAAUUACUAUCUAGUGAUCGAAAUCCACCAAUUGAUGACUUGAUAAAAUCAGGUAUAUUACCAAUACUCGUGGGAUGUCUGAAAAAAGCUGAUAAUCCGUCAUUGCAAUUUGAAGCUGCGUGGGCUCUAACUAACAUUGCGUCAGGAACGUCAACACAAACACAGGCAGUCGUUGAUGCAGGUGCUGUGCCUCUCUUUCUUCAACUGCUCAGAUCAGACCAUCAAAAUGUUUGUGAACAAGCUGUUUGGGCUCUCGGGAACAUAAUAGGUGACGGACCUAAAUUACGAGAUGAAGUCAUAGAUCUUGGUGUUGUUGCACCUUUGUUGGAAUUCAUCAAUCCAGAGAUACCGAUCAGUUUCCUGAGAAAUGUUACCUGGGUUAUUGUCAACCUCUGUCGAAAUAAAGAUCCUCCUCCUCCCAUGGCUACCAUCGAAGCACUUUUACCUGCUCUUUGUGAGUUGAUACAUCACCCAGACAAUAAUAUUCUUGUGGAUACAGUGUGGGCCCUUUCUUACCUAACGGAUGGAGGAAAUGAACAGAUACAGAUGGUGAUUGAUUCUGCAGUUGUUCCAUUCCUCGUUCCUCUGCUCAGCCACCAGGAAGUUAAAGUACAGACUGCUGCACUUAGAGCUGUUGGAAACAUUGUCACUGGUACUGAUGACCAAACUCAGGUUGUCUUAAAUUGUGGUGUACUCGAACAUUUCCCAGCAUUGCUAUCUCAUCAUAAGGAAAAAAUCAACAAGGAAGCGGUCUGGUUCUUGUCUAACAUCACAGCUGGUAAUCAAACUCAAGUAGAAUCUGUGAUACAAGCUGGUCUCAUACCACAAGUUAUAAUGCAUUUAAACAAGAGUGAUUUCCAAACACAAAAGGAAGCAGCUUGGGCCAUCAGCAACUUAACUAUAUCUGGAAACAAAGAUCAAGUGGCACAUGUUGUUCGCCAAGGUGUCAUUCCACCAUUUUGUAACCUGCUGACUGCUAAGGAUAAUCAGGUCGUUCAAGUGGUCUUGGAUGGAAUUAUCAACAUAUUGAAAAUGGCAGGUGAAGAUGACGCUGUUGCUACUCUGAUUGAGGAAUGUGGAGGUUUAGACAAGAUUGAGGCACUUCAGAAUCAUGAGAAUGGAGAUAUUUACAAGCUGGCGUACGAGAUCAUAGAUCAGUUCUUUUCUGGAGACAUUGAAGAAGACAUUGCCCCAGAUAGCACACAGGGAUUCCAGUUUGACCCAUCUGUUAAGCUUCCACCUGAUGGAGAAUUCAAGUUCUGAGAGAGAGUGUCAUGUUGUCCCGCCCGCCCCGUCCUAUUCUCUUCCUGCACUACCUACCCCUCUGGAGUGCUCGUUUGAUGAUGAAGAUGAUGCUUGCUGCCUGUCACAUCACCCUAGUACAAAGCAGUCAACCAGCUGUUUUGGACAACUGUCUGUCCCACCUCCCCCUCGUGUGUGAUGGUGCGUGCGAAGUGAACGUGAUGAUGCGUAUGUGAUGAUCAUAAAUAAGCGUGCUGUGUGAGUGCGUAUGAAUGAUACAGACCUUUUUCUGUAUCGUGUGCCUGCGUAACAUGAGUGAUACGAGACUACUGACUCGACUAAUUUGAUCUUCUUCUUACUGUUGAGUGCUACUUUUCAAAUUUUGACUAUAUUGAACCGCAGAAAUAUUCAAAACUAGUGCUGUAUAUCUGCUGAGUGAUUGUCAUUCUCUGGAACAAACAACACAGGAUUUAAUUGGUGCAAAAUAUUCUCAAGCUUAUCGAGUGAAAGACUUGUUGAAAUUAGAUUUACCGAACAUUAUUGUAUUUUAAUGGCGUAAAAUGUAAAAUAUUUUGCUUUUAACCGUUUGUGUUUUUUUUGUUUUUUUUUUAACUUUACAACAAUCAAUUGAGAAUGCUAAUGAGUAUGUUAUUUCAAUCAAGGUACCCUAAAAGGUUGAUUUAGUAAUUUACUUUCUCUAGGUUCAUUUUUCAUCACACUAAGAUUGUGGGUUAGUUUGCUAUAUGGCAGCGAGAUAAGGAAAAAAUAUUGAAUUUCUUUUUAGUUUUGGCCUGACUUAUAAUUUUAUGGGGUUCAUUGAGUAUAUGGAUAGAAAAUGGGAUGGUCUGACUUAUAACGUCUUGGCAAAAAAUGCAUGAUGUCCUUGAAUGACUGUUAGAGAAGUGAUUCAUGUGCAAAUUUUGUAUUGUAUUUUCUCCCAUUGAUUACAAAGAUAUCUAUGAAAAUCAAUAUAAAUUUCUAUUAUUUCGUCGGACAUAGGAGGUCAUAUAUGGACUUCAAAUUGUCUAGUAUUAUUUUGUGCCUAUUUGUGCAUUAUAAAAUUUUUUUUUUCAAGUGCAUAAAUAAAAUUCGACAAAGGCGGUCUCUUUGGCCUGACGUUCUCAAAGCUGUGUACCGAAUCUGCAUAAUUGUUUGUAGUUUUACACCAGUGUGCCACCUAACUAAAUCUGUACCAAUGAUUGAUGUGCUAAUGUCACAGCAACCUCUUGUUAGAAAUGUUAUUUUAUUUUUUGCAUUUACCCACUUUGUACAUUUAUUAUUUAUUAGUGAUGCCCAAUUUAAACUGACCAUAUGAUUUCAUCAACAAACAUAAGAUGUUUACAAUGUGAGUAUGUUGAUGCAAAGUCUUGUUGUUUUAGUUCUCCUUGGAUUGGCAGUACAUGCAACUUUUCACCAAUUACCAAGUAAUGUUGUUUUUAUUAUUUUAUUAGUAUAUACCCACCUAUUGGUUAUAUAUUAUUCCUAGCCCGAUCACAUCAUGUUGCCUCCAAAUGCAACCUGUUCUAAACUUAUAGACGAAAUAAAUGAAAGCUAGUUGCCAUGAAAAGUUUGUUGCUGUACUGGACGUGUGUUUU